AGUAUUUAUUUUCGUUCCGACCUGAACGGGCGCUUUUGGUUGUUUAUUCGCGCGCAAGAAUUUUUGAGAUUGGGGAAAACGGAUUCGCAUGUCAUAUUUUGCUUCUGCUGUGGGGCUUUAGGGUGUUUCUUGUUUUCUUGCAUUGCCUUCGCCUGUGUAUGUGUGCAGAUGUGUUGGUAAAGAAUGGUGGAUUAAUGACCAUAGCGUAUACGAUAAAGGAGUGCUGACGAAAAAAGGAACCUGAGGUAAAAGGGACGAGAUUUUCGUGAGUCGCAUUUCGGUCCCUAGUGCGUUUUUCCGCCUCUGAGUAGUGCUAAAGUCGUCCGGGGAAAUCCCCAAAUAGGUGCUAUCGAUGUCAGUGAAAUUUGGGAUGUAUCGAGUUCUUCUAUCCUAAUUUGUAAUGACAGUAUAGUGUAUUUACGUUAGAUCAAUUUAAAUGUUGCGAAGUCUAGAAAUGUAUAUCGUGUGUCUACAGACCAUCUCAGUGUGAACCAUUUAGCAAAGUAUAAAUAAGCUCUCACAAGCGACCAGAUGAUGCCCUCGAAGAACAAGAAAUAAAAAAAACCGAGCAAAAAAAACCUAUUCAAUGAUCGUUCAUGUCUGCUCCUUGACCGUGCUGCAACAAAGAAGAAAUAUAAACUGGCGAAAGGUGAAAGUAGUGUCUGAUCUGUCGAGUUGGAUAAAUUUCGUACACUCUACUACCGUGAGAUAAGAGGCCCGGCCCGUGAGACUUAUCAGCAUUACUUUUAUUCAGUAGGGUGAUAAGCGCCGAUAUGGCACUCUUAUCCAAUGGUGCUUCAUCAAUGCAGAUAACCCCACCUCCGGGUAGCUCGGCUCCGGCCAACAACGACGCCAAUGUCGAUUUCAACUCGAACGAUCACAUUUUCUUCUCGAACCUUUUUAACGCCUUGCCGCGUUGGGAUGCGCCCGGAAAAGUUAGUUCCGGUCCGGUGACCGUGCCACAAAGUAAUGGCUCAAACGGAAGCAGCAGCUUUGGCAACACAUCAUUGGAUAGGGACAGCAUUAGCAUCACAGAUGACGUACUGUUUUCGAACGUACUAGGGGCAAUCGGAACAUCGAACGGUGCGCCCCCACCGAAUGAUAUUUUGGGUGCAAUCGGAACCCAGAUGACGCCGAGCACAUCACCGCAAACCAAUUCGUCCAACGGAAGCUCUGUGUGCCCUUCAUCACUGGGGGCGGUUUGUGGUCGCUGCGAUACUCAUGCCAUCAGUCGCUGUCUGGACUGUAACGAUGUGCUGUGCGAGGAUUGUGCCCACGUUCAUAAUAAGAACGCUUACACCAAGGAUCAUUGUGUAAUUUCCAUACAUACAAUCUCACCGAUCGGAUCAGCUACCGGAAUACAAAGUGUAUCGAUGGCCGUCGAACCGCACUGUGAUAUUCAUGGCGAGGUUUUACGCUACUUAUGUGAAUCGUGCAAGAAAAUCGUCUGCCAGGAGUGUACUUUAUGGGAUCAUAAGGAUCAUUCCUGCAUUCCAGUGUCCAACGUGUCUCAUGGAGCUUCGGAGAAGAUUUUAUCCAUUAUCGAGAGUGGUAAGCUAGGUACCAAAUAUAUCAAGGCCAGUAUUGACCGUGCCGUGACCUACUCACAGGCGGUCGAGAGAGAUGCCAUGGAGGCAUCUGCUCGUAUUCGUAAAGCCAUGCGUCACUUUAUUCUAGCCGCUGAAGACCGUGAAAGAACGCUCUUGGAGCGUGUGGAUAAAUUCAGACAACAGAAGCUUACAUCUCUGUCUGAUCAAAUGGCUGGGCUCCGAGCAGCCCUAGCUGGGCUAUCACAAACCUCAGAUAUGUUGACCAAAGCGUUAGAUUCUGUUUCGACCAUGAACAGCAUGGAUAUUGCCAAAACUUUAACCUCCGGAGAAAGCCAGAUGGAACAAUUUGCUGCCAUGUACAAAAACCUUCAGCCAAAGGAAGAGUUCAUCACAUUUGUUCCACCCAAUUUCGAACUUCUCCAGGACAUACGCAUGCAAGGAGACGUUCUGUUGGUAAAUCAACGAAGUAACUCCAUGUCCGCUGGCUCUAACGUAUGCAUACAACCACCGAGUGGAAAUAUCCUAACACGCCGUCCUAUUGUACGAAGUACUACACCAGCCCAGCGCCUGAAUUCUACUUCCUCUUCAUGGGAUCAAAUGACUGCUUCCAAAAAUGUACUGGGAACAUCUCCAACAAUUGGAAUUGGUCCCAUCCCCGGGAUGCCUGUUCUAGGUCAAUGUAUUCCGGGCUGCCAAACACACGUUUCUGCCAAGCCCGCCGUAGGGCCAAGUUCAACUUUUGGUUUCGACGGCCAUGAAGAUGGUCAGGUUUCUCGUCCUUGGGGUAUUGCAGUGGAUAAAGACGGUCAUAUUUUGGUAGCCGAUCGUCGUAACAACAGAGUGCAGGUAUUUUAUCCCGAUGGAAUGUUCAAACUGAAGUUCGGUUCGAAGGGCACUGCCAAUGGUCAAUUUGACUUACCAGCAGGCAUUUGUACCGAUGCCCAGAACCGUAUCAUCGUCGUGGACAAAGACAAUCACCGCGUGCAAGUUUUCUCACCCAAUGGUAUCUUUCUGCUGAAAUUCGGCAGCUAUGGCAAAGACUGUGGCCAAUUUCAGUAUCCAUGGGAUGUGGCGGUCAACGUGAAGGGAGAAAUACUGGUUACAGACUCGCGAAAUCAUCGCAUUCAGCUUUUCAACUCCGAAGGACAGUUCAUAUCACGUUUCAGCUUCGACGGAGUGAAUCACAGCCGUUACUUGAAGGGCCUAACGACACCGCGUGGAGCUUGCUUCACGCCACAAGGAGACAUCAUCAUAUCGGACUUUGAAAACCAUCGUCUAUUGCUGAUUGAUUCUACUUUGACUAAGGUUCUGGCGGCGAAGGGACACGAAGGAUCGGCUGUGCACGAGUUCAGCCGUCCGUCCGGAAUUUGCUGCGAUGACGAUGGCCGAGUGAUCGUUGCGGAUUCCAAGAAUCAAAGAGUUCUAAUCUUCUCUCCACAGUUAGAAUUCUUGUGGACGGUGAGUGUCGAGAUUCGUCCAACAUCCAACAACCUCCUGACAGCGGCCAUGGACGAGAAAGAUCGGCCUAGUGAUGUGGCACUACUUCCUGAUGGCAGAUUGGUCGUAAUGGUCGAAACAUCGCCGGACGCCCGGGAUCAAUGCAGCCCGCAGAAAACAUUUGUCCAAAUUUAUUGAAACGAAAUGACGAAUUUCGGAAAUCUGUGUUCAAAUUGUAAUGCUUUUAUUCGCGUAUGUGUACUACAUGUUCGUUUUCGAACGAAUCUGUUUAUUUGAUUUUAUGUUUUUGAUCUGUUUUUUUUUAUUUUUUUUAUACAUCUGCUAGGCAAAUUUUAUACGAAAAAUAUUAACUGUGCUACCUCUUACAGAAGCGUAUAAUACGCGGUUCGUUUUAAUGUGCUAUGAAUGCACAAGUAUCCAAUUUUUAUGAACAGUUUAUCACUAAACAAUACGCAAUUUAUAGAUAAUUUUAUAUAGUAUAAUAUUAUUAUGUACAACGGUAAAAUUAUGUCGAAAAAAAAUUUCUCUGAAAACGAGGAGUUUUCGAUUCUGGUACUGAAAAAAACUUGCGCCUGACAACAGGUCAUCCGUUCAGUGUUUGAUCCUAAGCCCAUUAUAGACUGAGUGAGAAUCAAAGCAAAUACCGGUUAGAAUAGCCUUUUGAACGAAUGCAACUCUGCGUUGUCCCUUUAAAGGCUGCAUUAAUUCAGUUCAUCUCGAAUGUUUGUUUCUGUUUGCAUUUUUUAUUUCUCCUAUACGUAUUACUCUUCGAUCAGACUCGAAAAUCUGUGACUUUAGAAACUAUGUUAUUCGAUCUAAAGCAAAGAGGAAGUCUUCAUGUAGUUGCAGUUUGUCAGCCUUAAAGCAGACAGUUAUGUCCAUUUUAUUAUAUUUAAUCCAUUAUAAUUAGAUUUUAUCGUGACCGAGCGACGUCGUUCACUUUCAACCCAUCUAUAUCGCAGCUAGUGAACUAAAAUGUCAGUUUUGAGUAUUAUGCCAAGCGAUUUGGUGAUUUAAUUUAGUUGUAAGUUAAAACAUGCAAGAUUUUUACUUAGUAAAAUACUGUGAGCAAAACCAUACAUGUAUAAACAUGUCCCAGUCAAAAUUAAGCGAAAAGUAAAAAUUACUUUCCAGAGCAUUCAAAAUGACUUCAUUCGACCUAUCAUUCAUCUCGACUAAUGUAGUGUUGUGAUUCAUUUUCCCGCGAUGGAGCAGAUCUCCAAAGUUCUAAUAAACCAGUUGAUUGCAACUGAAAGCUUUCAAAAAGAAUUUCGAUAAGCACCGAUACAUCACCGACCAGUAUCUCUCUCGUUUGACAAGAGAAUUAAAAAAAAAACAAGUAUAAUGUGUAGAUGCACCCAGUAGCUACUAUAACAUUUGAUAAUAAUUGAACUGAAGCAACAGAAUAAAAACAAAACAAAUACUGAAUGAUAAGACGGCGUUUUACAAAAAGCCACCACAGAUGUGAUUUUGUGAAGCGAAGCAAAGAAAGAGUGAAGCAGACAUUCUAAAAAGCAUAAAAGCACACGUGAAACGAAACAACAAAACAAAAACAAACCAGCGAAAUUGGAAAUGGAGCUAGUGCCAGUACAAUGAAAAAGUAAAUAGAUAAAUUCUCUUUCAAAGGAAAAAAAAAAUAAAAAAAAGAAUAAUGAUUCGAUUAUUAAUCGAUUUCAGGGCAAAAAAAAAGUAUAUGAAGAUGAAUCCAAUUCGCAAUACAGUGAGAAUAAAUCAAACAUGAAAAUGUUGCCAUAGUGGGGGAACUGCGAAGACAAAGAUUACACUAAAACAAAUCAACGGACACAAAAGUGUUCGCAUCCGGAUUCCCAAAAAAUUAAGAAAUAAAACAAACGAUUGAAGUGAAAAAAGAGAAGGCUAACUUAAAGUAAUGUUGUGUUUAAGAUAUGAAAGAUUGUAUUUAAUCAAAUUAAACUUAUUGAAAACAUUCUGGGUAAGCCAGAGGAUCUGCGAUUAGCACUUUCCUGAUUAUUAUUUAAAAAAUAAUAUAAAAAAAAAUCACAAAUACUAACAUAAUUUCUAGUUUAAUUAACGAUCUUGAUACCCACCUUUUUGCGAUUGCUUAACCGAAAUGUAUGUGUUCCGUGCUUUGAUGUACUUUAUUGGAAUUCUAUUCUAGUAAAUUAAGUUUUAAUGACUGACAUAAGUUUAUUAAAACUCAGCAAUACUAAAACAAAAUUGAUGUAAACAUUUUCUGUGUGGCUAAAAAAAUUAUAAUAACUGUAAAUUCUGAAUUUGCUUUCACGUAAGUCUUUGAUCGGUGAAAAGAACAUGCAAAUGCAACUGAAAUGCAAUCUAGUUUUACUUGAAUCAAAAGUUUAAUUCUGGUACGAGUAGCAGGAUAGCAAAAUUUGAAAGCAAAGUUAACCAAAACGAAAGAUGAAGAAAAACAUACACACACAAAAAGUUAGUUUUAAGGUGACUGAUCGAAACCAGUAAGACUGAGAAGUUCGACUGAGGAUGGAAACGGAUGAUACAAAGAUUAUAGAAAAAAUGUCCAAAUUUACUAGCGUAAAAUAUUAACUGCGGUCAAUGAAAGUUUUUUUUAGUGAAAACAAAAAGAGCUGAUAAAUAAGACUAUUUUAGUGCAGAAGCAGGCAAUAUGCGCAAGAAGGAGCAAUACUAAAUCGUAAACAAAAUUUUUGAUAAAGCUCGAAAAAUGAUUCAUUAGAAAAUCAGAAAUCCAAAAAUCAUGAAUCAACUAUAAUCAUCCGAAAUUUUCCUAUUCCUCGUUGCGAGAACUACACCCAAAGAAGGCAAAAGACACUAUAUAAUCCAAUAGUUUAAAAACUAUACUCAAAGCAAAAGAAAAGUUCGGUUUGACCUACAUAAUGCAAGUUCCUGCUUGGAAGAAAAAUUACUCACCUAUUUGUGCUACUGCUGAACUUUUUUUUAUUAUUUUCUUUUUUAUUUUAUCAACAAUAAAAACCUAGCUUAAGGUUGGCAUCACUUUUGAUACGCCAAAAUGUGUUCUACAAAAAUUUUUAGCGGAUAGCACUGGCGACGCGCGCUGCUGGUCAUAAAGCAGAAAAUAUUUAGAUCAAAUAUACACGUAAAAUAUAUGAUGCUGAAUCGUAAAUGCAUAGUAAACGACAAGAACGAAAGUACAACAUUCUCUUUUAUAUCGCUGAUUCUAUACAAGAAAAACAAAUGAAGAAAAUAUAAACAUAUAGGUAAAAUAUUGAAGGCAAAUUUAUUCUGAAUAAUAAUUGCAAAAAAGUUACCAUAGUAAGAAAGCAAAAAGUAAAAAAAAGUAACAAUGAACCUAUUUUGAAAUGUACAACAAUUACAACAAAAAUAGCAAUUUUUUGGCGAAACUUUGAAACGCACCACGUAUAUACACACACAUGCAAGAUAUAUUCAUUAUUCUAAUAAAUAGUUUCUAACCCGUAAAAA